ACUCCGUACAAAUCUCCAAAGUGAGACUCGACUCAAGUCCAGCAAACACGCUUCACCAGCCCACAGGUCGGAGUUCACAGCGCAUACGUUGCAUUACAUUCGUUUGCAGGAGCCACAGACGGCAAGAAACAACGCUACUCGACUCUUCGACUCCUCACGCUGCUGGCCCGCCCAGCUCUGGAUUCAGCCACGGCGUUUCGAACCAGGCUUGCGAAUGGACUCAUAAUCGCAUCAUCCCCCCAGAUUCCAAUCCUUCGCUUUAUUCCUUCUGGACUCGAUGAUUAAUCUUCGUGCGAUCUGGUAUUUGAUCUGAUCUGCGAGUCGACACACAUACAUAUAUCAUGUUCGAGCACUUUACGUUUGGCGCCCAGGCGCAGACCUCUUAUAUCCAACAUGAGAACGACGAAGCCUUUCCCUCACCGACAGAUUGCUCCUUCAGACUCGCAACACCGCCUCCAACUUCUUUUUUCGAGGGGGAAGUAGAAGUAUCAUCUCGAGGAGGAAUAAACGACCUCGUCAACAAGCUAUCAACACAAUCCCUCCGUCCAGACGACGACGAACAACCCCAACGCUCAAUAUGGACCAGCACCCUCCCCUCCCCCGACUUCUCCACCGACACCGAUAACGACAUGAUGCCCGACUUCACCCCCGAAGAACUAUCCUACAUCUCCACCGGCCGCGGCAAAGUCACCCUGCCAUCCCUCCACUCGAGCUCCGUCCCCAACCUAUCCUCCAUAACGAACCCUCGCAACGGAACUGUGGCCUGCAGACGCCUACAGCGCCAACUAAACGUCCAGCUGCAAACCUGCAGUUCGCACGUAAAAGACAUCUCAGCACUCGUAGAAGACAUGAUCGAAACCUCCUCCCAAUGCCGCCUGCACACCUCCCCAUCAACCCGCCCCUUCGUCACCGAACCCCUAGAACUCGACACCGAGGAAGAAGAUCCGUCGCCACUGCAGCAGCUGCAGCAGCAACUCCCAGAAGACGAAGGGUUUGCGGAAAUGGAAGACGAGGACCUCGAUGAGGAGAUGACGCUAAGGAGAGCGAGUACCCCGUCUGGGAUCAGGAAGUGGAACGUGGUAAGGUAUCGCGCGAGCGGGGAGUGUAUUGGGGGACCGCCGGAACUGGCGUGGAUGGGGAGGAGGAAGGUGAGGUGUGUGCCGAGGAUGAGGAGGCGGAAACCGAAGACGGUGGCGGAGUGAGUGUAGGGUAGGGUAGGGUAGGGGAAAAUAUAAUAGUGGGUCGGCGUUUAGAGUUGGGAGCAAGCAAUUGCGUGCGUCUUCUUG